AUGCAAAGAAAUUUAACACCCAAACAAAACAAUUACAAACUCUUACAAUUCAAAAUAACACAGCAAAACAGAAGCAUAACAGAAUUCUCUGCCCAAAGAAAGCUGGAACGAACAGGCAGCAAGUAA